UUGCAUUUAAAUUUUAUGUAAAGACGCGAAGUUUGUUUUGUUAGUAAAAUAAUUAAAAUUAAGUGAAAUAAAUACAAAAUGACCACUGAAAAUGCAAUGGAGCCAUGGCUAUUAGAAAUUACAGAGGGAAUAGAUGCUAUCCUGAAAAAAAUCGAUGAUAUAAUUGAGAAAGAUCAAAAACAAAUGAAAGAGUGCAAGAAGAGAUUCGAACAAGAGCACAGACUUGCGCAGGAAUCAAAAUUAAAUGAGGAAUUGACCCAGCAGCUAGCAGAAUUGUCCAAAAGGACCUCGGAAAUGGACAGAGUCUGUGAAACUUUCAAAUCUAGACUGACUAUAGCUGAUAGUGAUAAAAAUAGGUUGGAGAUGGCUAAGGAAGCAUAUCAAAUAGGGAAGGAGUUGACUGGCAUUCGCUUUGAUUUUACCGCACCACCGAACAUCGCCAAGGGCUACAUAAAGAACUCGUCCCGGCGUCUCUUGCAACCUUUUGAGUUGGAAGCGGACAGCGAGGCGCUUUGGGACCAAGUGCGGACCGCCUUCCCGAAUCCUUUGGAGAAUAUGAUGGAGAAAUAAGAUGUUAUAAA